AUGACCUCGACCGCCUCUUCUCCCCAGAGCGCCAGCCUCAAGCGAGCGUAUCAAGCUGACGAAUCCUCCCACCCUCAGGCUCCCAACCACGACGUCCUGCUGCAGACCAACUCCCCUCCUCACAGUUCGGCCUCGGCCACCUCCGCCUUCAGAAACGUAUCGGCCUGUAACCGUUGUCGCGUCAGGAAGAACCGCUGCGACCAACGCCUCCCUGCGUGCAGCACCUGUGAGAAGGCCAAUGUCCGCUGCGUAGGCUAUGAUCCGAUCACCAAAAGAGAGAUCCCACGAAGCUAUGUCUACUUUCUCGAGACGAGGCUGGCCUACUUCGAGCAGCUGCUCAAGGCGAAUGCAGUCCCCUUCAAUGCCGCCGACGUGUACGGCGCCGAGUCCAAAGAGCUUGGGAGCGGUGCGCAAUCACCGGCCAGCACAAAAGCCUCGGGGCCAGGUCCACGGUCACCUAGCGCUGGCUCUCCACAGACCAUCAAGAACGGCGAUUGGGAGAAAAAGCAGGAGGAUGAUAAAUUGAACAAUUUGGUGUCCAAUAUUGGCAUGGUCUCUGUGCAAGGAGCAUCCGACGCGCGAUAUUUGGGCUCGACAUCUGGCAUAUCGUUUGCCCGUGUGGUCCUGGCCGCUGUGAAGAGUUCGGUAUCAAGCAGCAACUCGGAGAGGGCUGGAACUCGACCCAGCCGUCCCAUCCCAAACGUUGCUAGUUCAGGCGGAAGCUCGAUGCGCGACUCAUACUUCGGAUUACAGACGAAGCCUACAAUCAAAGAAGCCGCCUUCCCUGAUCGCGACUUGGGUUGGAAACUCGUCAACCUGUAUUUUGAACACGCCAAUCCCCAGAUUCCAGUCCUGCACCGCGGAGAAUUCAUGGAGCUUUUCGAACGGACCUAUUCUACAGAGCCUUCCAAUCGGACAAGCCGGGACCUGUACUUUCUCAAUAUCGUCUUCGCCAUCGGUGCUGGCAUCAUCUGGGGAUCCUCAGACCCGCAACCAAACUCCCAACCAGGAGACUAUGUAUUCAAGAGACCCCGGCUAUCGAGCCUGCAAGCCCAGCCUGAAGAAUAUCACGCGUCGGCGAUUAUCAAUCUUGGGUCGUUUCUCGGCUCUACUUCGCUAGAUGCGGCCGAACGUCCCAACGGCGAUCUCGAAGAACUUCAGGCGGUCUUAUUGCUUGCUGGGUUCGCCUUGCUCAGACCUGUGGCGCCUGGACUGUGGUACAUUGUAGGCGUUGCCAUGAGGUUGGCCGUCGACCUCGGCCUCCACUACGAGGAUGGGUCUGAUAUUGAAGAUGUUGCUGAAGGUCAAGACGGUGGCGGCUACGCACUGGGCCACGCUAGCACAAGACCUACGAAAGCACUCGACACGAAAGAGAAGGGUCGUCGAGAAUGGAUCCGAGAUUUACGCAGGAGACUGUGGUGGUGCACGUACACCUUCGACCGACUGGUCAGCACCUGUGUAGGAAGGCCGUUUGGCAUCACGGAUCAGGUUGUUACGACAGAGUUCCCGUCCUUGCUCGACGACAAGUAUAUCACCAGAAGUGGAUUCUUGUCGCCGAGAUCUCAGGACGAACCUACCUACAAGCGCGUUGCCCGCCACUAUUUCAGACUGAGAUUGUUACAAUCCGAGAUUCUGCAAGUCCUUCAGCAUCAACAAGCGCAGCAAGCCCGUCUUAAUGGCACCAAUCGACGCAAUCAAUUCAUGCAUACCAAACUGCCUUCACCGUUCCUGAGCAAGUUUGAUUCAUUCCGGUCCUGGCGACGAGACAUAGACCAGCGACUGUAUGAAUGGAAAGUAUCGGCCCCUGAACCGUCGGAGACCGGGGUAGGCUUCUCAGUCCAAUUCCUGGAGCUGAACUACUGGCAAGCAGUGAUCAUGUUGUAUCGACAGAGUCUCAGCGUGCCAGCUCCGUUCGUGCACGAGUUCAGCCCGACCGAAGAGGUCUCUAGCCCUGCCAGUAUCAGGACCGAGGAUAAAGAAGACGAAGAUCUUGUCUUCCUCAAGUGCGCUGAAGCAGGACAGAAGACCUUGAAAUUGUACCGGCAACUGCAUCGGUUACGGCUUGUCAACUACACGUACCUCGCGACGCACCACCUAUUCAUGGCGGGCAUUUCAUUCCUGUAUGCCGUCUGGCAUUCUCCAGCUGUCAGAGCUCGUCUGACUCUGGACGAUUUUGACUUCACCGUUCUUGCCGCAACGUCGGUCCUCGGUGAUCUCAUGGAGAAGUGCCCGCCUGCCGAAGCGUGUCGUGAUGCCUUCGAACGAAUGAGCAAGGCCACAGUCCAGAUGUGCAUGUCCACGCCAGGUUUCGGCUUUUCCCUGGAGCGCGACGAGCCACGCCAAUCGCUUUCAAGACAGUCCAGUCACCAGAACGCACCGACACCCAUGCAAGUCGACUCGUACUCACAGUCCCGUGCCCCUCGGCGGCCGGUGAUGAAGCGACCGCCUCCCAAAUUUGACAUGGACCUCCGCGAACUCUUUCCCGAGGAUGUAGAACUCAGUGGUCGACCGUCUCAUUCCUUCCCCCAGCCUCUCCAAGGCCUGCAGCAACGACAGCAGACAUACCACCAGCAGCAGGCAUCGCCACGGCCACCACAAAUGUCACCCGCAUCUAGCAUCAAUUCACAAAUCAAUGGCGGUAUGGGUAUGGGCUCGCAGACUGGCGCCAGUAACGGCCCCUUCAUGUUCAACCAGCCUCAGUCGCAGGAGCCGUUCUACAUGCAAAACACAUACAACCCGGACUUCAUGUCGUCAUUGCCCGGGAUGGAUUUCCUAAACACCGCCCGAGCCAGCGACGAAGACUUCAACUUUGACACCGGCGGGCUGGACCUUGGCUUCGGGAUGGGCCUCGACUACCAACAUGAUUGGAGUGACAGCCAACAGUAUGAUCUAUUUGAUGGAUUUUUCUUUGGUGGAAACGGUAAUGGCAAUGGCAAUGGGAAUGGGACCGGCAACGGGAAUGGAAGCAGGAGUGGUGGUGACGGCGGUGGAGGCGCCGACGGGACUUGA